AUGCACUUUCUUGCUCUUCUUCCUCUAUUAGCCACUUCGGCUUCCGCUCUUGCUUUUCCCGGUGCUGAAGGGUUUGGCCGCAACGCUGUUGGUGGGCGAGGCGGCUCCGUCUAUGUCGUCACGAAUCUAGACGAUUCUGGCCCUGGGUCUCUACGAGACGCCGUGUCCAAACCGGACCGGAUAGUCGUAUUUUCGGUGGGUGGCCUCAUUACCAUCACUGAUCGUAUGGUCGUAUCCAAACGCGUGAGCAUCCUAGGACAAACCGCCCCCGGUGCCGGAAUAACAGUCUAUGGAAAUGGCUGGAGCUUCAGCAACGCCGACGACGCUAUUGUACGCUAUAUUCGUAUCCGCAUGGGCAAGAAGGGUGCUAGUGGUAAAGACGCUAUCACCAUAGCAGAAGGACACAACAUGAUUUUCGAUCACGUUUCUGUCUCGUGGGGCCGCGACGAGACCUUCUCCAUCUCAGGCUCUGAAGUCGGAAACAUUACCGUGCAAAACAGCAUCAUCGCCGAGGGUCUGGAAACGCAUUCGUGCGGUGGCUUGAUGCAGACUGCUCUCGGCAAUGGCAUCAGUCUAUUCCGCAACUUGUACAUUGACAACAAGACACGAAACCCCAAAGUCAAGGGUACUAAUGAUUUCACCAACAAUGUGGUGUACAAUUGGGGUGGGGGAGGUGGUUAUAUCGCUGGUGAUUCGAGCGAAAGGAGCGAGGCAAAUAUUGUCGGGAAUUACUUCAUCAGCGGGCCCAGCACAAGCGUCCCCGCUUUCACGCGGGGCAACGAUUUAUUUGACGGAUUCGUCCAGGGCAACUUUGUUGAUUCCGGCAAAGAUGGUGUGCUGAAUGGAAACGAGCUGGGUGUCACCAAGGAAAACUACGGUGGCUUGAACAUCAAAACAACAAAGUUUGCGUAUCCGGCGCCCGCAAAGAUCUUGUCGGCAAAUGAUGCGCUCGCACUUGCGGAGAAGGGUGCGGGUGCGAGUAAGGUUCGUGAUUCGGUUGAUCAACGGCUCGUUACUGAGUUGAAGAGUUAUGGUAAGCUGGGACAGUUGAUUAGCGAUGAGAAUGCUGCUCCGAUGAAUGGACCAGGAACUAUUGAUGGAGGAAAGAAGUGGGUGGAUACGAAUGGGAAUGGGAUACCAGAUGAUGUCGAGUCGCAGUUUAAGAAUGUGGAGGACUGGGCUAAUAGUUUGGUGCCGAGCUCGUACUAG